AUUCGAUGUUCUCCGUCGUGUUGGUUGUAAGAAAAAGAUCACACACUUUAUUCUUGUUUCUUGGGGCGCAAAAAUGGGCGUCCACGUCUGCAGGAAUUCACUUUAGUCAUCUUGAUCUUGUUCAGUUGCUGUCACCUUCAUCAUUUUAUCCUCCGUUCCCAUUCCUUCUGCUAGGAUACGAGAGAAGCUCUCUCCCGAUUCACAAUUUAUUUGUGGAAAAAAAGGCAAAAAUCAUGCGUGUGAUGUUCUUGUUCCUCUCGUUGCCGUUGGCCGCGCUUUCCCUGGAGGAGGCCGUGGUGGAUAAAGCGGCCGAUAUUUUCAGCCCCGUGAAAGCGCCGCAGACCUCCCAGGGGGGGGCGUAUGGUCGCAAAAUCGGCUCUACGAAGGGUAUUCAUUAUCUUAGUCUUUAGACUUGAAGUAGAUUUGCACUUUAACUUUAUCGCGCACCGCAAUUUGACAGAAUGGAUGUGGAUGCUCAUGCAUUCUGAUUUGGCGAACGACUCUGAAGUCACUCGCUCGGCAGUUGAAAUAAAAACGAACACGGAAUAACAGGGUCCAGCCCGUCAAACCGACCCAGCGCGUUUACCCCGAUGACGCACAACGGGCCCAAGCCUUUGCCAAAGCGCCGUUUGCGCAUUCUUACGCAAGCGCGCAAGAUUGCGGCAGCGUCGCAGAAACACGUGAACACGAUGACGGCGGUAUCCAAAGAAAGCUGCAUCGCUAUCGUUUUCAAUAGCAAUAGACGAAAGUCAGCCCAUUUUUCUGAAUGGAAAAAACGAAAACCGCUUUUCGAGGAAGCUCCGCCCUCCCGGACAGGUAGCACUUAGCUAGAGGUAGCUUUUUCGCAUUGCUCUGGGCAAUAUAUUCGCAAUGCCAACCGGAGUGGUUUUGUUCCUGGUUUGGUCUGCUUGUUCAGGAAUUAGAAUUGCGCUUGUUUGUAUGAGAGGGUAGGCUCCUCGCGGAGGACCCCGACAACCGCUCAAAAUGUGGCGCUUUUUUGAUUAUCUUUGCCGGGGCCGGCUAACAUUUCCCCGAAAGCCGGGUCUUUUCUCACGAAAGCCUGGACCUUUCCGGAAGCGAUAACGCGUGCCCGAAGUUUGGACUUUUCGUGCGGGUUUCCGUGCCUUUGCAGGACCUUCUGGAAAAAGCCAGAAUCUCUUGCGAAAAGUCCGAAGUUGGAGCACGUGCUAUCGCCCCCGGGAAGGGCCCGACUUUUCCUUGAAAAGGCCAACUUUCCAAGAAAUGUCAAGGGGGCCCGCAAAAAUGAUCAAAAAGCGCGCAUGUUUUUCGCGCAGAUCUCGGCGUCUUCCGUGAGAGGCCGAGACCUCUCCUGCAUGCCGUGCGACGUUUCGAAAAGUGGUUUGCUUUUUUCCAAAAAAAUGAGUCGAGUCUUAGCUAUUGAGUGAGAAUGGUCGCGGUAGCGUUUUUCUUGGGACAGGUGGACCUCGCAGAAGAGUACAGGGUCAGGCCCCAAGACGUUUCCAACGCUGCGCAGUUCGAUCUGUUGGACGCCGACGAGAGCGGGGACCUGCAGGGCGCGGAGAUGGAGGCUUGCCCGGAGUGGGCUGAUCUCAAUCAAGACAAGAAGCUGGACCGCGGCGAGCACGGUCAGUACUGCUCGUCUGCUGUUUCGGGGGGAAGCGGUGCUCCGUCCUCGUUUCUAUCCGAGAAGUUCGGACUCCCAGGCGACACACACGUGGGGUAUGUCAACCCUCCAGGGUGGGGUCGGCUGCAAGUUGUGAACCGGGGCGGGCGAAACAUUGUCCUCGAUCCCAAAUUCGCGGCCGAAGUGUACGAGGAUGCGCAGGGGAACAAUAAAAGGUUCUUGUUCACUGAGGAGGACAAGGAAAGUGCUUACUUUGAUUACGACUCGGACGUGUUCGGACCAGUCGACCAUGGCUGGUCCUGCUGCGGCUGGAACACGUUCGGUACUUACAUUACUGUGGUGUGCGUGUUUCGCCAGGGUUUUCCUGGUGCUUUAAGUGAUUCGCUCUCGUCCGUACUUGUUCUAUUUUCUUUUUUGGGGAAAAAUAAGAUAAUUUCCGGACGGCUUCGUCAAUCUCAAUACUUAUAAUACUUAUAAUAAAACAUGCACAGCGAAUGCCUUUUCGUCAGACAGGGGCAACCAACUUUUCUGACCGUUGGCUGGGCGUCGCAAGCAAGAACUACCUCCAGUCGCUGAAAUUUUUCAACACGAAGCUCCACUGAAAAACAAGAAGCUGGUGGCCGCGCGAAGAUUAAUGUACUAGAUGCAUAUUUUAUCCAAGAAAAAAAGCUUGUAGGUGUAACUUUCUUGGAGGAACAGCAUUGCAAAUCUGUUUGGCAUGAGACCAGAAGCCUGUCAUGCGCAGAUGGUACGUGAAAACGCUUUUGAAUGGACCUUGAACGCAUGCCCAGCAUGACAGAUGCAAUCAUCUUGCAUAUUGCGCGUCACAAAGUUACACUAACAAUGCUUCUUGUAUAUGUGCACAACGUUCCGGUGUGCGCGAA